UAUGUUUUGCCUGCGCUAUAAUAUAACAAUGCUUCGUAUUUGUUUUGCCUUUUACUUGUGCUGUGUUAAUGGAUAACAGUAUACACAGCGCAAUCGUGCGUUCUCGUGAUGAGAUGAUGAUUUCGAUAACUCCUGCAUAGUUUCAAACUGCCCAACACACAUGGGUUGAUAAUCGCAUACUAAAAUUUAAGGUGAUCCUUCUACUAGCGCAUGUACGCUGGUACUGACGUCUGAGCUGCUUGUGCCAACAGUCCUGUCCCAAGCCCAUUUUGGACAGAAUUCCCACAAGAAUAAAAUAUGUCUUUGUCAACUGUGCUGAUUGUGGUACCACAGAUCAACUGUUAAUCUGCUACUACAGGUAGUACAAGUCGGUUUGAAAAACGGGUGACCACGCCGGAGCGACACCAUGCUCGUCUACGUAGGCGACGUGGACGCCUGGAACGCCGUGGAUGUUCGCAUCGACGGCCAGCUGCAGCACGGCCGCGUCAUCAAUGUGGUGGAGGGCGGUCUGAUCAUUGAUUUUGAAUGCCCCGCACAACGCUCGCAGUUCGUUGAGUACGGGCGCAUCUACUACUGGAGCCUAUGCGGCGCGAAUACUGUGCCUGAUGGGACGGUAGUGGAUGUGUUGCUGCGUCGGCAGCCUAACGAUGCGUGGAUUUGGUAUCCGGGAACGGUCGUCUCCAUAGGGGAUUACGAUUAUGACGACGCCGCAUGGGUGGAAGUGCAGUUGCCGCAAGGAACCGUUAGCGAACUGAUACCCUGGCAGCAGGUGCGCCCUCAGCCCACGGCCGGUCGGAAAUCUGAGCUGCGGCGCUUGAAAAAAAAUGCUUUCGUGAUUCGGUGCUGCCCGUUGCCCGCCACCAUCUACUGGACCAUCGAAGAAGCUUUCCAGUGUGUCUUGGUACGAAGUGGUGUGAUGUGCACUUCUCUGCUCCGCCAAACGCUACUCUACCUGCAGCUUCGGGAAGACGAUCCAUUGAAACCCGAGCAUCUUGAGGAAGCCUAUCAUAAAGCACAAAAAAAGAAAAAAAGAGGCUGUUGUACAUUAACGAAAUUGGGCCUCCGGAUACUUCGCCGCUGGCCGAUUUGCGCAACCACCGAAGAUUGGGAAGUUGGCAACAGCGAUCAAAUAGGGCUACCGUUACCCGGGGAGAUGUUGGUGGAGGUCUUUCAGUCGCUGGACUCUAUCGGGCGCGUCCGCUGUCGGCGCGUCUGUCACGUGUGGAACAAACUUCUUACGGACACCAACUUCCCCGAUGUGCGCUUGACCGGCAGCAACGGAUAUUAUGAUGGUCACCUGUCCUUCUCCAUCGAGGGCAUGUUUUGGUUGGUUUCUGGUAUACUCAAGUGCCUUCAAAGUCGCACCCAGUUGGUGGCGAUCACGAAUGUCGGUUUGGCGACCGUUGAAGACUUGGUCGCACUCCUCACCACCUUGCACUGCGCCACAGUGGUGGUGUUCUAUGACUGCUGUUUCACUACGCCAAUGUAUGAAAUUGACGGGGUCAUAAGACGGAUGGCUAGCUUGGCCGUGAACUGUGGGCCGUACCUCCGAACGGUGCUUAAGCAUUGUCGCAUAGCGGAUUACGGUCUCGAGGGUCUAAUUCCGCAGUACCGCCUUCAGGGUCCAUCGAGGAGGGAUGUGGAGAUGCAGCUGUGGGAUCUCAUGGAGAGCAAUUUGACCAUCAACAGCCAGUGGAAGCGACAUGCCGCACUAGAAUGGAUUGCCAAAUGCAAACGAGACGAUCACAUUCCACGGAGGAUGAUGUAUCAGAUUCUUCCUGGAUAAAGUCCACAAGUAUUCGUACUUGGAAAAUCUUUUAGCGGUUGAAACACUGGAGGUUUUUGGCUUGGCUCUUAAGUGAACUAUUACAUUUAAUGGGCAAUAAAAUUCGGGACUUAACGGGAGGAGCUCCCUCUAUUGCUUUUCUCAAGCAGCCUUUUAGUUUAGCAAUUGUUAUGACGGUUUUAAGUGCUAAUCGUCUUUUAACCGUAGAGAAGAUAGAGACUAGGGUGGUUUUUUUAUGUUUGGUUAGCAGUUUUAUCCAGUAGUCUACCUGCCAUUACAGUUUUUGUAAA